AUGGGUCUUCCUCUCAAUAUCAUGGCGAUCGUCAUGUUCCUGGUGAAGAUGAAGGUCAGGAAGCCGGCAGUGGUCUACAUGCUGAACCUCGCCUCUGCAGAUGUCCUCCUUAUUAGUGUCCUGCCUUUCUAUAUUGUCUACCGAUUUUCAGGAUAUAAGUGGAUCUUCGGAGAAGGAAUGUGUCGCUUUGUCACAGCUGCAUUUUACUGUAACAUGUACUGUUCCGUCCUGCUCAUGACAAGUAUCAGCGUGGACCGUUUCCUGGCCAUAGUCUACCCGGUGCGGUCUCUCCGCUGGCGCACAGUGACCCGAGCCUGGUGGGUGUGUGGUGUCAUCUGGGUCAUCUCAUUGGCCAGCACUGUGCCUCUUCUCAUAAGAGAACAAACCAUGUUUGAGCCUCUACUAGAUAUCACAGCAUGUCAUGAUAUUCAGCAUUUUGGGUUUCAUUUUCAAUUUGGUUUUACCUAUUUCUCCAUCGUUUUCCCACUUUUUAAUUUCUUACCAUUAUUCAUUACAAUUUUCUGUUACGCUGGAAUCAUCCGCAGUCUCAGCAGAUCAACAUUCGAUCGCACACAUAAGAGAUCACGAGCUAUCCGCCUCACCGUGGUUGUGCUGAGUGUGUUUGUCCUUUGUUUUGGCCCAACAAAUGUCAUCUAUUUAAUUCACUAUGCACAAAUGGGAAAGUAUGGGGACUACUCUGUGUAUCUUCCCUACACCCUCUCUUCCAGUAUCAGCAGUAUAAACUGUUGUCUGGAUCCUCUUAUCUAUUAUUUUGCAUCCUCUGAUUGUCAGAGACACGUCUACAGCUUGUUGCGCUGUAAGAAAGAUUAUCGACCUCCAGUAGAAAGAAAAGAGAACCCCUGUACUAAAAGAUCAGCAACCAGAGAGGACGCAGUCUGA